AUGCUUGAAAGCAAAUCAGAUUUAAUUGUAGAAAGUUGUUUAAAACAUCCAAUACCUGAUGGUCUAGAUUAAUUUAAGUUUAAGAUAGAAGAAUGGUUAUACAAAUAGAAACAAAAUAAAGCAUUAUUCAUUUGUGAAGAAGAUGGAAAUGACAUUUAAUGUUUGAUUUCCUAUUGGAUGAAAGGUCUUAAUGUAAAAAUAUUAAAUACAUUCAAAUAGAAAGAUAUAAUCAUUCCUUAUUUUGUAGAACAUGAGAAUUAGAAUUACUAAUAUGCUAUUUUUUAUGUUUUAUCUAAAUUGAAGGUAAUAAUAAUAAUCAUAAUUAAAGACAAUAUUCAAUAUUUCUUAAAAAGUAGAAAUUGAAGGUGAAAAAUUGAAAUAGUUCUUUCAAUAUUGGUUAGAAUUUUAUAGUCGAGAAUUAUAAAAUCAAGUAUUCAGUGAUACAAAAUGUGUUUAUAAAAGAGUAUAAUUCAAAAAUAUCUAAAUUAGUUAAUAUUGAUAUUUUAAGGAAUUGAUAAAUUCCGUGAUUAAAAUGGUGAAGUUAGAGCAUCCUAUUGGUUGCCUCGAAUUCUACCUGAAAAUGUUAAAGUACUUUUUUAAUUCAAAUUUUAAAAGUUAAUUGUUACAGGGAGAACUGAUUCAAAAGCUUAUGAAUAGUAUUGUAGUUAAGGAGGAACUAUCAUUUAAAUGUAAAAGCAUAAUUUACAUAAUAAAAUAGAGAUUAAACCAAAGAAGAAUUUCUUGACAGACUAUUAAUUUAGGAUCGUCUUUAUGUAUUUUAUAUAUUGUUUAUAAAUCAGAAAGUAUAUCGUAAAAUACCAUAAAAUUUGGCAGAUUAAGCUUAUUUUUGUAAGUGUUUUGAACUCAUUCUAACUAAUAAAAAUGAAGAUUAUUAAGAUGUAAUCAAAGAAUCAAUUUCAUAAAUAGAAAGUAUUAAUUAUAUUUUCAACUUUAGAUAUCAAAACUGAUGUUGAUUUUUUUACUAUAUUGAUAAAAUCAUUUUUGAAAUAUUUUCCAGAAAAUCAUUAUAUAUCAAUAUUAACAGUACUUACAUUUGUUUUUAAAGGAAUUUCAUUGGAUGAAAUUGUUUAUAUUUGUGGUUGUGAAAAAGAACAUGUAUUCAAUAUUCAUGAAUUCUUUAAAAUAUUUUUAAUGGAAAAAUCUUAAAUUUAUUACAUUUAAAGCAUAUCAUUUAAAAAUGCUUUGAUUUAAUACUUACCAUCAAAUAAAUAAUUGUAUCAUUAAUUCAUUACAAUAAUGGAACAUUCUUAAAACAAUAUAAGAAAAUUAGAAGAAUUAAUUUAUCAAUAUACAAGAACAAAAAGAUAUUUUAAAUUAAAAGAGGUUCUUAUAAAUGUUGAGAAUUUUCUAAUGAUGUGUAGUCCAAAUCAUAAAUUUGAAUUAUGUCAUUUAUGGGAAACUUUGGAACAAAAUGGAUAUGAUUUAGUAAUGGAAUACAAUAAAGCAAUUGAAAAUUUUCAAGCACUUUACAAACCAACAAAUGAAGGUUUAUUUUAUAUAAUGUUAUAAAUUUGUAGAUUUUUAAGAGAAUUCAGUAAUUUUGAAAAGUAUUAUAUUUUAUUAUUAAGUGAUCAUACUCCACCUUAUAAACAUCCAGAGUUAAGAGGAUAAUCUAUUGAAUUUGAUGAAAUUGGUUUAUACAAUGAAUUAAAAUAACUUUAAAUGAUAGCAAAAAAGAAAACAAAAUAAAUGAACGAAGAGUAUUUUCCUUAAUAAUAAGGAAAUAUUGAAUCUUUGAAUAUGGAUAUCAAAGCCAAUAGAGAUUUCUUUAUUAAUUAUUAUAUAAAUCAAUUUGAUUAAAAUUUAGUUUAGGAAUACAUAAAUACCAAAUAAGAACAUAUAUUGGAUAAAAUAAUUACCAAUACAAGGAAUCAAUAAAAUUAUUAUUAUAAAAGAUGGAUUUGGGUAUAAUUUCCUUGGUUAGCAUUGACUUAAAAAAAUAAUUAUUCAAAAUUAAUGGAUUAUUAUAAUACAAAUAAUAUACCUAUGAGUGAAGAAUUAUAAAUCAAUUAAAAAGCUAUAAAAUUGGCUUUAAUUGCCAAAUAAACCAAAUAAAUGAAAGAUCAUAAUUGUAAUUGCAUUUUUAUUUACCUUUUUCAGCAUCUAAACUACCUUCUAUUAAUUCCAGUAUCCGAAUGAGAUAAUUUAGUCCUUUAGAUUCAACUAGAAAUCUAAAUAUUUUAAAAACUAGAGCUGAUUCUGAACACAAUAAAACAGAAAGAAGUUUUAAGAAAAUAUCAUUGCCUAGUUUAUAAAAAAUUUAAUUUUAAAAAAAAUUAGAUUAAAUUAUGUAUCAAAAGUAACUUUAUUAUUGACUAACAUUAGUUAGUUGUUAAAAAAUAGACUAAAAGAUUAUACAACUAUUAGAUAGAAUAUGUAUCCUGAUGAAGUCAAUGGUGAGACAUAGAAAACUUUAGAAAACAAUAAAUGUCUUUAAGAAGAUUUAAAAAAAUAAUAAGAAAAUUUAUCAAUUGUAUAAUUAGAAAUGAAAAGAAUGAAUAUAGUCUGGAAAUUGUGUUUGUAGAAUUAGGAUUAUAAUGAAGAUAGAGCCUAAUAAUUAGUUAAACAUUCAAAGAAUUUAGAUAAAUUAAUAGCUGAAUAAAUUACAAUUAUUAAGGAAUCUUCGGAAAAAGUUUAAUCUAUUAAAUAAAAAUCCAAAAUAGAAACCAAAAAGGUUUAAUAAGAAAAAAAAUAGAUUUAACAAUAAUUAGAAGCAUCCAGGAGGUUAACCUAUUUCUAAAAUAUACCACCUUCUCCAGGUAUGAUUUCAAAUAUAGAAAAUUCUUAUUUUUUAGAUACAAAUAAGAAACAUUAAAAUUAGUAGUAAAAUAUUGCCAUUCAUUCUAAUAAUGAAGUUAACAAUAGUGGAAACGAAAUCAAGAUUAAGUUUGUUCGAUUGAAAUCAGAGAAAAUGGAAGAGAAUAUAUUAAAAGGAGUGAAUUUUGAUUCUCAUACCUAAGAUCUAGUUAACCAACUAACAGAUUUAGGAAUAGAGAAUCCUUAUCAGAAUUAGAAGUGGAUGGAAUUCUGUGAUAAAAUUUAAAAAAACUAUGAAUUACAAUUAGAAAUCCAAAAUAGAUAAUAAAGAUUACAUGAAUUAAAAAAUAUGAAGGCAGAAUUAUAGAUAAAUAAAAAGGUAUAUAUUUAAUAACCAAAGAUCUUAUCAAGAUAAAUUGUUUCUAAAAAUUCCUUUUAAGUGUAUCAACAUUAUUCAAGUUUUUAAAGAGAUGAUGUAAUAAGAUCAAAUGAUUUUAAAAUGAUUUAAUUGAAAGAACUGAAAUAACAUUAAGCAGUAAUUAAAUUUUAUAAUAAUAAUCUAUAUAAUUUAUUGAAUACUACUUAGAAAUUAACAAGUAAUAAUAUACAUCAUAUGGGUAAUAUAUUGUGUAAAAUGACAUGA